GGAUUUUCAAGUGCUUCCCUUGAUUUUGAUAGCUGUAUUGUUGCCCCAAACUUCAAGUGGGUUGUGUUGAACAAUGUCACUGUGGAGAUGGACAAUCCAGAUUUGCGAGAUCGUGCAUACAUAUAUUGGCAUCUUCUUUCCAUUGAUCCUGAGGCAGCUAAGGAUGUUGUGUUAGCUGAAAAGCCUGUAAUCAUCUAUCGCAAGCCUCCAGAGGCAUUUGUAAUCCGUGUGAAGACAACCCAGAGAACUGAAGAAGUAGAAUAUCCUGAUGGAAGUGAAAGAGGGUAUUCUGAUACACCAGGUCAUGCAGCUGAGAGUGGUGUAUCAUCACCAGCUACUGAAAGUAAUUCCUAUUACGCUGAAGCCAGGCAACGGGCUGCACCUGCACCUGUGCCCUAUUAG